CUGCCUCGGGCAGUGAAAAUACUCUAUACUUAAGUUUUUGAAGACAGAGAACAUUGGGCUGGGAGACAUGUUCGUGAAAAAUUAGUUGUAAAAUCAGCUCUUGAUGAACAUUUGAGUGGGCUACUGGCACGAUGGGUCUCUAUGUUAAUCUCUGGCUGGUACUCGCACUAUCUGCUCUUAUUUUUGCAGAUGUACCUUAUUACGUUCCAAAGAUCACUACUAAGCCACUUUUGGGGAAAGUCACAUACUCGGGUUUUGUAAUAGAAAAACCACAAUGCAUCUUCAACCAGUAUCCUUCAAGUGAUGUCUGGGUGGUAAUUGCACAAAAUGCUAUUGUCCCAACAUUAAAUAGAACAAGUCUCAGUACACCAGUCAAUGCUUCAUUUCUUGACAGCCAAAACUACUAUCACAUUUUAAAAACACUCGGGUCUGAUUAUCCAUGUACAGACACAUAUGGAAAUGCAGUUGAUUUGUUUAUGAUUGGUUCCGAAACAAACUGCACUGGUAUUUCCUUUUGCAAUCCACCAUUACCACUGCUUGGAUCCUACAGGGUGAAAUUUGUUGUCUUGAAUACUACAGGCUUGGUUGUAGAAUCACGCUGGUCCGAUUUGAUAAGUCUGCAAACUGGACAAAAUCGAUCAUCGAUUAAUACAUCAAUUAAAAAUCAUAGUGCCGGAAUGAAGGUCAUUACUAUUAUGCUUUCAAUCCUUUUAGCAAUUUUAACAGCCUGUCUUAUCGCUGCACUCGUAAUUGGAAGUAAGGACAUAUGCUGGUACAGAAAACUUGACAACCUACCACUCGUUUACUUGGAGAUGGUCCGGAAUUACUACAGCAUGCAUGCAGUGUAUGUUAUACACACUCAGUACAAGCUAAUGGAAAAUGCUCCGUACGCCUACCAGGAACAUUAUAAAUAAUAGUACAGAGUGCGUUUCUUUCUUUCGUUCUGCAAACAAUGGGCAAAUCUCUUUGAGACUUUAAGUGUUUAAAACAAUUAGACAACUGCUUUCUGAAAUGUAUCUAUUUAGCUACUUCCAAAUAUAAAAUUGGCAAACUGAAAUAAAGAAAACUGUGGGACCUAAAAGGGAUGGAGUGAGUUAGGUUUACCAAUUAUUAUACCUGCUUUAGCACAAAUUAGACCGGUCACAGGGCAAAUCAAAUAUAUGGGGCAAAGGGUUUUAAGUUGGUAUGUGUGUAUACUGGACCUUGGAAAUAGGUGGGUAAGGCUUGAAUGCACAAGUGGCCACAAGCAGUAAAGAGAAGGGAGGGACAGUAAUGGGCUGGUGGUGUGGUUGGUGUGCUGAAGGGACUCCUCUAGAUUAGCUCGAAGCAGACUUGGCUGUGGGUGGUCCCGUUUUAGCAUGAACCGCUUGAAACCCCUCUCCCCCUUUUUAGCGGGGAUCUUGACAUCCCCAAAAUUGUAACAUGUGAUUAUGCUUUUGAUUAACUGAAGUCUACCCAUUUAAUGAAGUCGGGGAAAGGGGAAUUUAUCUUUCCGAUACCAUUGCCUGUCUAAAUUAUAAUUAUCAAGGGGUGAUGAAAAGAGAUUGAUUGGUUAAUUGGGGAAGCUUAAACCUUUAAGUAUCAUGAAAGAGGUUUGAACACAUUUUGUCCCUGGCAUGUAUCUUGAAAAAUGUGUUAUUUGGUCUUCUCUGGAAAAAUAUUUCUAGUUUUCUUUAUUAUCCUUUAUACUAGAAAUUGCAGGUUGUGUUUUGAGGUGUUUUCUUAAAAUAGCUACUAACAGCAUAUAAAUAAAUAUUUAUAAAAUGAUCUGCUUUUGUCACUCUCUUAUAUAAUAUUUGAAAGACGCAUGUUAAUAAAAAGUCUACAAAUUGUUUUGUGGUAGCCUUUGUUCAGGUUUUUUGCGCUUUAUAUAAAUUCUCUGUUCUCCUUUCUUGU